AUGCGUCCUGCGUUGGAGGCCAUUUAUGGCAUCAUCGGCCUGGAGCAGGAAGCCUGUCACUGGACUCAGGCAUCCUGUUCUUUCAGCUUCUGCGAGUUAGUUCAAUGCCCACUACCCCCUGAGAGUGGAGGGCCCCUGGCUGGCACCCAGCUUCCAGAGCAGGGGCUGGGGGAGGGCUGUCAGGAAGGAGGCCUGGCCAUCUGGGCGCUGAAGAACCGGAGGGCCCGGCUGGGCGUGCUGCUCAGCUUUGCGCUGCUGGCGGCCGCCGUGGCCAGCGACUACUGGUACCUCCUGCAGGUGGCGGACGCCGGCAACCACAGCGGCCACGGGCAGCUCUCCUCCCACUCGCGGCUCUGGCGCAUCUGCGAAGGGCAGAACAGCUGCAUCCCCCUGAUUGACCCCUUUGCCAGCGAGAGCCUGGGUGCCUCCACCUUGGUGCAGCGCCUCAUCUCGCUGCACCGAGCCCUCGUGGUGGUCCUGCCCCUGAGCCUUGUCCUCAUCGUGUGCGGCCGGAUCUGUGGCCUUCUCAGCUCCCUGGCCCGCAUGCCUCUGCUGCUCUGCACGGGCUGCCGCUUCUUGUUGGGGGGCGCCCUGACCCUGGCAGGGGUCAGCACCUACAUCAGCUACUCACACCUGGCCUUUGCUGGGAGCCCCCGGCACAUGCAGGACAUCCGCAUCAGCUUUGGCUGGUCUGCGGCGCUGGCCCGGGGCUCCUGUCCCUCAGCGGCACUCAGCGGCAUCCUCCUGCUCACGGCGCCCGCGCCCUCAGCCUGAGCCGCAGCCGGGCGCCCCCCACUCUGUGGUCAUCUGAGUCCCAGGCAGGCAGGUCAUGGGAGAGGGGCUCGGUUUCCCUGUGCAUCUCCUGAGAUUGGGUGGGACCUGAGUCAGGCGGAAAAGCUGCCCCGGUCCUCAGGAGGGGGCAGUUCGAGAGAGAAGCAGGCCUCUGUCCCUGUCCCGGUGCCGCUACUCCUGCUGAGGGGCCGGCGCUCCAGGACCCCAUCCUUGUCUGCAGCGCCCUGGGGGAUGUCUGUGAUUGCCAGGGCCGUGUGGGCCCCUCAACAAGCAGGUUCAGGGCCCUCCUGA